AUGUUGAGCAAUACACUAAGGAUCUCUGGUCCAACAGGUGAUCCAGCUAAGAUUGUCAACGAUCGAUGGGAAGUGGCGCAGCGUCGGAUAAGGCGGUUCAGCGGUCUCGACUAUGUGGCUGAUCAGACGGUAGCCAAGUUGAUCGAAGUUAUUAAGAAGAAUUUAGAAAAAAGCACAGUCAACGUGAGAAACCAAAUGUGCGUGUCUGUAAACUGUUUGAUUAAAAACCCUACUUUCGAGGAAACAGUGAUCCUGCAAGCAAAAUUAUUCAGACCAAAAUGCGAGCACAGCGAGAAGUUCACAAAGCAGGUAAUCAGAGAAAAGGGUUCACAAUUGAGGGUUGUGAAGCUGCGAAUACAGCUUACGCGCAGUAUCCUCCAUUUUCGUGAAAACCUUGAGUAUUUCCAGGCCAUCAAUUGCGGUAUUGUAGAUGCAGUGCUUCCUUGGGGCAUUCCGAAACUGGAAGAUGCCAACAAUGCCGGCACAAAGAACUCCCAAUUCUGUACGCUGAUCCUCACUGAGGGAGAUCCAGCCAAGACUUUGACUGUUUCUAAUUUCGGUAUGGUUGAUCGUGAUCGGUAUGGAGUCUUCCCGCUUCGCGGUAAGAUGUUGAAUGUUCGCGAAGGAAGUAUCAAGCAGUUUGGUAGGGAAUUUCGAAGAUGA